AUGAGUGAAUUUGAAAUAAAACGAAAGAAUUAUUUACGAUCAAAGCCUAAACGAAAAAUUGAUUCUCCAGAUUCCAAUAAUGAAUUUGAAGAAACUAUUGAUGAUAAAAAUUCUCCAAUGACGAUUGAUAAUAAUAUUCUUAUAAUGAAAACACCUCAAUCUCUUGAUGAUCUUCUUGAUGUUGAUGAUAAUAACAAUGAAAAUGACGAAGAUAAAGAAGAGAAUGAAAAUGAUAAUAAUAAUGAUGAUGUUGACAAUGAUUCAACGCAUUUAAGCAUUGAUGAUCCAACGACAACAGAACAAACAAGACAAAAGAAAUCUAUCGAGAAAAAUGGUAAGAUUUAG